CUCCCAAAAAUUUUAUUCUCCCCCUUCCCACCAGUCCAACACACUCCAAUCCUCUUACGUUACUCCAUUUUUUCAAUUUUUAUCCUUAAAAAAAAAAAAAAAAAAAAGCAAAAGGCGGGGGAGAGGAAGCCAGGCCAGCCCACGCGACGGCAAGGACUCGAGAAAAAGGAAGAACAGAGUCGCGAUUCGCGGACCCUAGACCAACAGAAGAAGCUCUGUGUCUCGAGGAAAGCAAAAGACGCAUUAGUCCUCAUUUUCAUCUUUUCGCCAUUUUCAAACUUCCUUUCUUCUUUCUCUCGUUGGUUGAGCUGCCUCUCUGCCACCGCAUCGCUCACUCGCUGUUCUCUCUCGCUCUGUCUGCGUGCCUUUUCCUGGCCUCGGCUCUCUCAGAAACUUGUUGCUGUUAGGAGUGGUUUGCUUGCUUCUCUGAAUUGGGAUUGAGCUCGGUGUCGAGCAACUGCUGAUUGGUUUUGAUCCUGGGAUAUCGCCAUGGUUGCUUCUGCUGCAGCUGCUGCUUCUUCAUUGUUUCCGGUUCCUUCCCCAUCUGGGGAUGCCAAGUCCGACAAGCUCGGGCGUGGGUCAGCCAGUUUGGCUGGGAUUAAAUCAAAAUCUGCUAGUUCUGGGGCAUUGCAAGUGAAGGCAAAUACCCAUGCUCCUCCCAAGAUCAAUGGAACCUCAGUAGGUUAUGCAACACCUGCUGAAGUGGUGAAGCACGAGGUUGAGGGUCCUUCACAACCACCACCAAGGACUUUUAUCAACACGUUGCCUGAUUGGAGUGUGCUCCUUGCUGCUAUCACAACCAUCUUUUUGGCUGCUGAGAAGCAAUGGACGAUGCUUGAUUGGAAGACCAAGCGGCCUGAUAUGCUCAUCGACCCUUUUGGCCUAGGCAGAAUUGUUCAGGACGGGUUCGUGUUUAGACAGAAUUUCUCUAUCAGGUCCUAUGAGAUUGGGGCCGAUCGUUCAGCUUCUAUAGAAACGUUAAUGAAUCAUUUACAGGAAACAGCCCUCAACCAUGUAAAAACUGCUGGCUUACUUGGUGAUGGAUUUGGUUCUACCCCCGAGAUGAGUAAACGGAACCUGAUAUGGGUUGUCACCCGGAUGCAAGUUCUGGUAGAUCGCUAUCCUACAUGGGGUGAUGUGGUUCAGGUGGACACGUGGGUAACUGGGUCAGGUAAAAACGGCAUGCGUCGUGAUUGGCUUAUUCGCGACUGUAGAACUGGUGAAACCCUGACGAGAGCGUCCAGCGUCUGGGUGAUGAUGAAUAAACUGACACGGAGACUGUCCAAGAUUCCUGAAGAGGUUCGAUCGGAGAUAGAACCCUACUUUCUCAACUCCGACCCUGUUGUCCCUGAAGACAGCAGGAAGCUGCUAAAACUCGACGACGACUCCGCGGAUCACAUCCGCAAAGGAUUAACUCCUAGGUGGAAUGACCUGGAUGUCAAUCAGCAUGUCAACAAUGUGAAGUACAUCAAUUGGAUACUUGAGAGUGCUCCACUGGCAAUUCUGGAGAGCCACGAGCUCUCGUCCAUGACUCUGGAGUACCGGAGGGAGUGCGGGAAGGACAGCGUCCUUCAGUCCCUCACAGCCGUCUCCGGCAACGGGAUAGGCACCAUGGGGAGCGCCGGCGGCAUCGAGUGCCGGCACUUGCUCCGACUGGAGGAAGGCGCUGAGAUUGUCAGGGGAAGGACCGAGUGGAGGCCUAAAAGCAGCAACAACUUCGGCGGUGGCUUUCCAGGCCAGAUUCCUGCCGGAAACGCCUAGAAAGAGAGGGAGAGAGAUAGCUCCCUCAGGCCUCAUUCAUGCCAAUAGGUUUGAUCAUUGCCGGCGCGACACGUGGCACCUUCCGCCACCUGCCACCUAGCACCACCAGCUGUAGAAUCCCCUCCUCUUCCCUCCUCCCUCCACUCUUCGAGUCAGUCAAAUAUGUUUCAUCCCUUCUUUACCUCUCUCUCUCUCUAUAUAACUUAUAUAUAUUCGUUUGGGUUAAAAAUGUCAAAAGUAAAAAGAAAAAAAGUUACUAGAGAACCACUGUAAUUAAAAAGCUCUCUUGUGGCGCGAAACUCAGUUUUUUGUCCGGUGAAGUUGGUUCUCUAUGAAAGGGUGGUGUGCUGCUCUCUCUGCUUCAGGAGGAAUUAGGUAGAAGAUUGCAAAACGACACCGCUUCGUGUUCUCGUGUUUCUCUCUAGUCGGGGAACACGUGUAUAUUUUCUUGUCUGGCAUUUUUUUCUGUUUUUUUCCUAAUUUCUUUCGGGCUUAUUAUUAUUAUUUAAUUCCAUUAUAUUAUUAAUUAAUUUGUUUCGGAAAUGGUUGUUCUGGAUAAGAAAUGAAAGGACAGGAAAAAAUUGUAGCUCAAUCACAGGCUGUUAGAAGGGUCUAGCUCUUGUGUAUUUCUUUGUUUUUGGCCGAAUUUGAUUGUCGCUUUCUAUAAUAGUUGGUUGGUUGUUUGAUUUCCUUUUCCCUUAUGCGGUGGGUUAUAUUUAUACAUGAUCCAGCACAUGAUGAGCUAAAACUAGUAUUGCAUUUUUCUGGGGGAGGUUUCCAGUCCAUGUGAGAGCAAUAAUGCUGGAUUGUAAUGUGUUGUUGGUAGGUAUUAUGUGAUUGCUACAUCAAUGAUAUGGGUACUAGUAUAAGUUGUUGGAGGUUGGCAGAAGCUGGCUUUCGAGAGAUUCCCGCUUCUUAAUGCCUUGAUUUGAGAGUUUGU